AUGAAGACGACGACGGCGGCGAUGGCGCGCAUAGCAGUGCUCACGGACGUUGAGGGAAACUGGCAGUAUGUGCGUAAUUUCGUAAAGCAAUCGUCGUGUCUGCAGCUGUUUUAUGAAGGUACAAAGGACGAGACAUUGGAGCUACGUGACGACUGUAUGCUGGUCUUCGGAGGCGACGCCGGAGAUAAAGGAGACCAUACACUCAGAUGCUACGAGCAGCUCGUGAAGCUCAAGAAACAGUAUCCAGAUCGCGUCGUGCUACUUGCGGGCAAUCGCGAUGUGAACAAAAUGAGGUUCACGUCGGAAUUGCACGACACCGAGAUGGAUUUGCAUUCGAUGGCUCAACAGGUCCUUGACAGUCCGACGUGGGUACCCGAAAGUAAACGGAUGACGUUGAAAAAGUAUUUGGUAGAACAAAUCACCAAAACAAACGGAGAGCUGAUGCCGGAUAAGGAUAUUGAAGCUGUGAAUUCCAAGACAAAUCGCUUGAAAUGGAUGCUAGAGCACACGAUGGGAUCAGGUGGAGAUUUUGAACGUCGGCGGACUGAGCUGGUAUUGCGACGAGAAGUUGACGAUGUGAACAACGUGACGGACGACGACGUCGUAAAGUCGUAUGUGGACAGUGUGAACGAAGGAGGCGUGUUACAUGAUUUUUUGCUACACGGCAAUCUAGCAUUUGUGGCCCAUCAGACACUGUUUGUGCAUGGCGGUGUCAUCAACGGUGACGACGGUGCUGGCUUGUCUGCGCUGGGCCGAGUGCCUGACGAGCCAUCGAAGCUUUUUGACUCGGUAUUGGAAUGGGUGGAUAAACUAAAUGCGUGGUAUCGAGGCCAAAUUCAGGAGUGGAUUGACUAUCCCCACUGGAAUGCCGACCAUUCGACUCGUGGCGGAAACGAUUUGCUUAAGUACGUCGUGCCCAAUUAUGCUGGCAGUGUCGUUGUAGGCCGCCAUCUUUCGGCAUCGGGUAUGCCGACUCCACUUCCGGACAAGAUUGCGUCAUUGCUGUCCGACAGCGGGAUUCGACGCAUUAUCAUUGGCCAUACACCCCACGGCACCUGUCCAACGGUCGUUAAGCAGCCCCGAAGGCAAAAUGAUACUUGCCCAAUAGAUGCAAACGUAUCACGUUGCCAUGGUGUCGAUGGAGUGUCUUUCGAGGAUGUCAUCAUGUGUGAUACAAGUUACAGUGAUGUACAAGCCCGAGAUAAUCGCGGUAGCGCUGUAUCGGAGGUUAUAGUAGAUCCUUCCGGUCGUGUGUCCGUCAUUGGCGUUUUAGAAGACGGUCAGCGCAUCGAGUACGAUCCUGAUGAGGAUCCGUGGGCCGGUCGAUGGCUCCGGGACGGAACCAUGGUGAAGGCUCGUCUCGUCGACAGAGACGGAAGUAGUGGGGAGGAGUUGUAUCUGGUAUUCCGCGUGGAAAAUGGCUACUCGUACACUUACAAUCACCGCACGGUCACCCAGCUUCGCGCAAUUGGACUAAAGGCCUGA